AUUCGAGACACCAGGAUCGCUGUUAGCCUCUUGCCCCGGCGGGUUUUGGUUUCCACGGUUUUCUCGAAGACUAUAUAGACAUCUAUUUCUAACUCUUUUUGUUUGUUUGGAUUUUGUCUUCCUGUGGAGCAGGAUAAUCUGCGUUUGUCAAACAGCCGCGACACCCACGACGUAACUGUUGCGUCGGCGUCUCAGCACGUCCCGUCAGACUCUACUCCCAAUGCCGAGUUGCCUGGCGCCAAUCCAUCCAACCUACCACGCAGCCGCCAUCAUCGCCAUUGUACCUGCUUAGCCUCUAGUCGUUCACCGUCCAUUAGGUACCUACCUACAACAGCAGCAUCGUCGAGGCAUGAAAUACGGAGAGCAAUUUGAGAGGGAGUCCGUGCCUCAAUGGAGCCUUCAUAACAUCGACUACAAUUCGCUUAAACAUCACAUCAAGGCGCACACUACCAGGGACCAGGCCACGGCAAUAACAAUUCCAGGCUGCCCGAACACGGCACUGACAAAAUUCGAAGACGAUUUUUAUGAAGAGCUGUGCCGGCAACAUGAUCGGGUGGAUUUGUUCGUCUCGAGCAAGGCCGACGAGAUUUCACGGCGGCUGCGUACGUUACGGAUGGAUCGACGUGGGGAGCUACCCAAUUGGCUAACAUGGUGGUCCAGAGCACCUUUCGACCCAGUUACACCGACUCAUCCUGCGAUGCGCGACUUCGGGACGGGACCAGAUGCCCUUGAAGAGGCGGCAACGCUUCGCCAAGUACGAACAAAACUUACUACAAUGCGGCGAUGACAUCAGGGCGCUUCAACGCUUCGUCAGCGCCCAGGUAGUUGCGUUUCGGAAAAUAAUAAAGAAGUACAGGAAAUGGACAGGCUCCGUAACACUGGGAGCUCGCUUCAAUGACCACGUCCUGUCGCACCCCAAGAGCUUUACAAAGCGUGACUUUAAUCAGCUCCAGGCUCGGUAUGAGGACCUGCUACAGACAUUACGCGCUGCGUCACCCGCUGGCGGUGUUAGCUUUCCGCGUCCAAAACCCCGGUCCUCCCGUUCGCCCGCUCCACAGUUCUCACCAGCCGAGCGGACUGCCGCCUUGGAGCCACAACCGCCAACAGGCUACUGGAAUGAGUACGAGUGUGGCAGCGAGGCAGGGGACUUUGACCGCAACGGCGAUGAGUACGCAAUCUACAUUGAUCCGAACCAGGACACUAGCUUCCCGGGUUUCAAGGCUCUCGGCGCGUUCUUCGCAGAGUCCGCCCAGAAACUAAGCAGCUGGGUCUCGUCUCGACGCAAGCGCGAUUCCGCAGCUGUCGAUAUAGCCGGUACAGAGCGCCGGCCCCUCCUCCAUGAUCAUCAGCCCAGCGACGCGGGCUACGGCUCCACCGCGAUCCCUUCAGAAUCAAGUGGCCCCUCCAGCCCGCCAGGCGGGACGAACAUCUACAGCACCGGCACGGCAGCAGGCACCGACACGGACCUCGAGGUCCAGCGGACUUCGUCGUCGCGCCGCGGCUCCAUCAGCAGGGGGUACGUGUCGUCGUCAUCAUCGGACGAGCCUUUCUUCCGGCCGGGCGCCAGAGAGGAGACGUACUACGCGGGACUGCCGAGCAUCGCGGACCAGCGCAUGGCGCGGUACCGCGAGCACGUGCUGGGCUGGGCGACGUGGGGUUGCUUUGGGGCCGCCUUCGCGCUGAUGGGCCUCGCAGCCGUGCUGAUCGCCACCGGGCGCCACAAGAUGAGGCUCGAGGUGGAUGCCGGGGUCACACUUGGGAUCGUGACGAGCCUGGGCCUGGCGUGCGGCGGCUUGAGCAUGUUGAGCGCGCGGACUGGUACGCCUGGGUUGCUGGAUCGUUUGGCGGUGUGGCUUGCAUUUGCAGUGGUCUGUGUGGGAGAUGGCAUAUUGUUGGUCUUGGUCAUGGGAAACGCGAGGAGGUGACAUGGAUUAUCGGGGACACCUUUCCCCCCUUUUCCCGAAAGGUAAACUCACACUCCCUUGGUUCUUCUGCCGGCGUGGGAUCCGUUUCCGCCUUUCUCGUUUGCAUACUUCAAGGCCCAGGGCGACGUUUGCAUGUCGAACGGAGCCAGAGAUUUCUACGAUUAGAUACCUGGACGGCUGCAGGAUGCAUGAGACGAUGAGAUGACGAGACGAAGCCCGCUCGACUCACAAAGGGUGGAUCACAUCGAGGGCAAUGGUCAGGGACAUUAGGCGGUAGUGUUGCUGUGUGG